AUGUCGAGCAAGCCGUCGUCCAGGAGGAGCAGCUUCACGCUGCGGCAGCCGCCGGUGGUGGACGUCGGCUGCAACUGCCGCCGCCCGAAGCUCUUCUCCAGCCUCUUCUCCUCGUCCUCCCUGCCGUUCCGCGGCAGGGGCGGCAAGCCCAAGUCGCCCAACGCCUCCUCCACGUCCACCACCACGGCGUUCACGGCCACCACGCUCGGCGGCCGCAGCGGCACCACGGCCACCUCCGCCGACUCCGCCUCCUGGGGCCCCGCGUCCUUCACCAACAACUCGCUGUACGAGGACCCCGCCGCCGCUGCGCGCCACCGUGGCCAGGAGCCGGAGCAGGACACGAGGCGCCGGCGGAGGCAGCGGCGGCGUCGCAGGCGCGCCGCUUGGGACGGAGGCGUCGGCGGCGGGCACGGGGAGCAGGAUGCGGAGGCGUACGGGCGCGUGGCGCGGGAGAGCGUGCCGGUGGCGGUGGAGUCGGCGGAGCCGUACGAGGACUUCCGGGAGUCGAUGGUGCAGAUGGUGGUGGAGAAGGAGAUCUACGCGUGGGACGACCUCAACGACCUGCUCACCCAGUUCCUCACCCUCAACUCGCCGCGCCACCACCCGCUCAUCCUCCACGCCUUCGCCGACCUCUGGACCCGCAACGGCCUCUUCUCCCCUCCAUCGCCAUGCCAGUUCUAG